AUGUCCAAUAUUAUCUUGUUGCGUCUUCUGUCCGGUCCUGUCUUCUGUCCGGUCCUGUUACGAAUCAAACCACCUCGUGUCAUCCUCACAAAUUUGCUUAACUCUGUACUAUGCAACACUGAUUCAAACCUCUCAGCUCCGACAACAGUUCCGGCAACUGCUCCGAUGACAAUCAACAAAAAACUUCAGUUUCCAAUCCACCCCAUGCAAAGGUUAAUCUUGCUGUUCAAUCAUUCAUUCCACAAUCUAGAUUCAGAUCAAAUGGAAACAAUGGCUCUUAUGCGUUUUAAUCCUCCCUUUGGUCAUAACCAUGCACUUUCAUUUCCAUUACCAUUACCAUUAUCAUCACAUUCUCAGUUUCAUAAAUGUUCUAUAUAUCUUACUAAACCAACCCAUUUGCCUCAAAGAUUGAAACUUAAUUUUGCGGGAGGGGUUGGUGGUGGUGGUGGUGGUGGUGGUGGUGGUGGUGGGGUUGGUCGAGGUGGUAGUGAUGGCGGAGAUGGAAGUUGGGGGGGUGAUGAUGGAAAUUCAAAAGAUUCGUCAUUUGGGAUUUUGGGGUUGUUUCUGAAUGGAUGGAGAUCAAGGGUUGCUGCUGAUCCACAGUUUCCUUUCAAGGUUUUGAGUGAAGAAUUGGUUGGUGUCAGUUCUGCUGUUUUAGGUGACAUGGCUACAAGGCCUAAUUUUGGGUUGAAUGAACUUGACUUUGUAUUUUCAACUCUUGUUGUCGGUGCUAUUCUCAAUUUUACGCUCAUGUAUCUCUUAGCACCAACGUUGGGAUCUUCUUCAGCCAAAGUGCCUGCUAUAUUUGCAUCUUGUCCUAAGAGUCACAUGUUUGAACCUGGUGCCUAUAGUUUAUUGGAUAGGUUUGGAACUUUAGUGUAUAAAGGAACCAUUUUUGCUGUUGUUGGGCUUGGCGCUGGUAUUGUUGGAACUGUAAUUUCAAAUGGGUUGGUCAAGAUGAGGAAGAAGAUGGAUCCCAACUUUGAGUCCCCAAACAAGCCUCCACCUACAUUGCUGAAUGGUCUCACUUGGGCUGCUCAUAUGGGUUUCAGCAGCAACCUAAGGUACCAAACUCUUAAUGGGACUGAGUUCUUGUUGGAGAAAGUGCUUAAUCCCUUGCUAUUCAAGACCUCAGUUGUGGUUCUCAGGUGUGCGAACAAUGUUCUUGGGGGAAUGACUUUUGUGAUGUUGGCAAGGUUGACAGGGUCGCAGAAUGCUUUUGAAGAGAAGUCGUCACAUGUGAAUGUUGGGUUAGGUGAGAAGGAUAAGGUGGAAAUCGAAAGGUUUUUGGAGAAUAACAACCAAACAACACCAUCAAAGUGAUAGCAAUACUCAGUUUGGUUUUGUCUCUUGCUUUGACUGUCUAAGGUUGUAGUAGAGGUGAGGGCUUUUUAGUUUUCCGAGUUUUGUGUAGGUUUUCUUACUCACAGACUCUCGUGACAACAAAUUAGUAUGAAGGGUAGAUUGAGAUGAGAGAUUUGAUACAAGUUUCUGGUAGAGGUGCUGAUGUUCUGUUGCUGAAACCUACAACCUGAAACAAUAAUGUGCCAAAUUACUAUGACCAUGUAUUGGAUUUUGGACUCCCACUACCUGGCCAAAUGAAAAUGUUUUGACAUAUUAUGUUGCUGUUUUUGUUUCUGCUGAAUCAGUAGGCUUUAGUUGUUAUUUUCUACACUAAUUAUCAUUGUAAAAGUAUCACAAAUCUUGUUUGGAGUAUUGUCUAAAUAAAUGAGGUAUUAGAUAAUGGUAUUAUGUGUAACAUCAAUUUUUUGUAGUAUUUUUAUUUUUUAUAUUUUAAGGAUAUUGGAUAACUAGGUUGGUACA